AUGGGAAUAUCAUGGAGGCAAUUUAUUACGAAUGAUCAACAAGUAGCUGGGGAAGUUCGGGCCACAGACGGAAAGCAAAGAAUGAAUGCGAGUGCCUCCGAAUUGAAACGAACACCGAUAAAGGACCCUCCGAGUGUCGGCGGCUUGCACGCUCGGAACGCACGCCGCGCCGCCGCCGCUGUCGAAACACUCCAAUCCUCCCGUACAAUCCGAAAAAGCGAACGCACACAAAUGACACGAGGGAAUCCCUCCCGGCUAGACAGAAUUAUCUCGGCCUCUCUAUUUCCGUUUCGCGUACUAUUGAAAUCGCUUCUCACUCGCACGCCAUGA